UCUCUUUUCUUAUUACUUGGCGUUCAUAAAAAUAGCAACGACCAGUGCUCCCCCCCUCCCCCAACAUCACACAAAGCAUUACUUUAAUCCCCACAUGAGCAGCAACAGAUUAUCCAGAGCAUCAUGCGGCUGCACCAUUGAGCGACUGCUUCGACAGGAAGUAACUUACAUUUUCAUUACGGGUGCUCAAAAGCAAUCCGAUACACCGGCUGGCAAAACCUUCAUUGCUUACAAUAUCCGUGUCUGUGAUACGGAAACGAAGCGACGUUAUAGCGAAUUUGAAUCACUUCGACGAGCAUUGAGCCGACUUCAUCCGACCUUGAUCGUUCCACCCAUCCCAGAAAAACAUUCACUUGUCGAUUAUGCAGCGCUUCAAACCCGAGUCAAGGAUGACCUCCCAAUGGUGGAAAAAAGAAAACGGAUGUUGCAAACCUUUCUGAACCGAGUGGCCAAUCAUCCAGAAUUGGGGCUCGAUCAUGUAUUUCAUCGAUUUUUAGAAAGUGGUGUUGCUUGGUCCGAUGUAUUACACUCGCCACCUUUAUCGCAAUUACCAAAGAAUCCAUUGCAAAUGGUCGUCAGCAAAGAAGCCAAUGUUCAGGCACACAAGUACAACACUGUCCUUUCAAGCAACUUGAUCCCGAUACCGUCAGCAACCUAUGUCCUCAAAAGCCCCGAUCCUCGCUUUGAAGAAUCGGAAAAGUUCACGUUCCGGAUUGCCAACUAUAUGAGCAACAAUCUCGAUAAAAGUCAGCGGAAAGUCAUUCGUCGGUUGGGAGAACUAGCAAACGAUUAUGCGGAAUUGGGUGCUGUGUAUAAUGGUUUCAGCUUAAAUGAGACGGGACCUGUGGCCAAUGCGAUUGAAAAAGUUGGACAAGCCGUAGAUGCCUCCUAUACUGAAUCUGCUCAAAUGGUUACCUCGCUAGAAGGCGAGUUUGCUGAACCUAUCCAAGAACAUUCCCAAUUCGCACAUAUUGUGAAACAAGUUUUACGGUUCCGUCAUCUAAAGCAUGCACAGAUGGAAAUGAUUGAAGGAUCUCUGGAAAGCAAAAAGGAGAAUUUGGAAAGUUUGCAACGGAUGGAAAGCGAAGCAAGGCGCUUGGAAGAAGCCAUCAGUCGAGAACGUACAAUCGGAAGCAAUGCUGUGGAUGUUGACGAACUGAAUAAUAACAGCAGCAAUGACGAUAUUCCCGGUACCAUGUCAUCCACUACAGUCAAUGGCAAUGGAUAUCAUCACCACGACGAUAUGAAUAGUGGCAUCAACAACAACAACCCAUAUGGCUCACAUCCUUCUCUUUCUUCUUCUUCUUCACCACCAUCUUUCCAAAAUGAUACACAUGUCGGUCGUCGUCCUGCAACAAAAACGUGGGCUAGUCCUGUCAAGAUGAUUAACGCAGUCGGUCAUUCUUUGCAAAAUAUCAUUGAUGUGGAUCCAGAGGCAACACGACGAAACCAGAUUGGCAAGACAAAAGAUGCAAUGGAUGUGUUGCAAGAAGCACUGGAGAUUACUCGCCAAGAUUUGGCAGGCUCAUCGACAGAAUUACAGUCCGAGUUGGAUCGAUUUCAGCGUGAAAAGAUCAAGGAUCUUCGCGAUAUGCUUAUUGCGUAUGCAAAGAUCCAUAUUCGAUACUGCCAAAGGAAUUUGGAAUCUUGGCAAGAAGCCCGUGCAGAAGUCGACAAGAUUCCGAUUUAAAGAGAAUAAACAGUGCGGAAUAGAUCCACUCUGUUCACUAUCCCUUAUGCUAUCACACAUUCUAAACAUAUCCUUUUUAUUUUCUUCCUUUCGUCUUGCCAUACUUUAUCGAUCUCCUUUUUCGUUCUUCGUUUACCCCCUCUCAUGAAAUGCAUACCGCAAACAAGAUGUUUUUUUCUCUUUCUCCAUAUUACGUACAUUAGCCUGCAAACACACACACACACACUUUAACUGUUCCAUCAAUAUCGACAACAAUAACAUUCUUUCCUUUUGCAUUUUGUUCUCUACUCUGCAUAUUAAACU